CAAUAAAUUUUGCCAUUUUCCCACUAUCAAAAUGCGGUCACACUUUAUUCCAACAGUAUAAGAGCCCGUCGGCACACAUUUUCCACACGAUUUUGUUAUUUGCUUGUGUAAUAAACGGAUGCGGUGUCAACUCGUAAAAAUGCAAUACCACCCCAAAUCGAAUAAACUUUGAUAUCGCCCAAAUAUUCGGAUGUGAUACGGAUUCUGACAGUAGCGUAUAACGCUGCCGACUAGUCAAGUUGUUAAAUUCUUCCUCCGUCGGCCUAUCUGAGAGCAUCCCGCGCAAUCCCAACUCUGGACAUGAUUUCAGCGCGCCAGUGCGACAUUUGAAUUGCAGAGCGCAGAGCGCACGAGUCGAGUCACCAGCAGGCCCCAGGAUCGAGACCAGGACAACAGAAAAGCACGAGGAGCCGCAGGAGUUGCGCGAGUUCCACAGGCAUAACCUUAAAAGGCACGUGCAUCCCGCGUAGAAGAGUUCUCUGCGUGCCAGCACACAGCCAGAGCCAAUCGGUUGCUCUCCUAAAAAACAAACACGCAGUACGAAAUUCCCGAAGACGAAGACAUGGCCACCCUUCUCAGCAACGGACAGCAGUCGGUGAUGGCAACCACCAGUAAUGGUCAGGAGCAGAAACAGCAACAGCACGAACCUGAGGAGCAGCAGCAGCAGCAGCGGGUCGAGAUCAGCAAGUCAAGCUCACCGAAACCCGGAGCCAUGCCCAGCUUGAAGCUGAACAGGAUGGGUUCGGUGUCACCGAAAGAUAAACGAGUCUACAAAAUCGUCCUCACUGGCGGGCCCUGCGGCGGAAAGACGACGGGACAGUCCCGCCUGUGCACCUUCUUCGAGAACCUUGGAUGGAAGGUAUUCCGCGUGCCUGAAACGGCCACUGUUUUACUCAGUGGCGGCGUGAAGUUCUCCGAUCUGACCGAGAAAGAGGCCUACAAGUUCCAGGAGAAUCUGAUCCGCACCAUGGUGCAAAUCGAGAACACCUACUUUGAGCUCGGCAACUCGAGCAACCGCAACUGUCUGAUAAUUUGCGAUCGCGGCGUUAUGGAUGCCAGUGCAUACAUAUCAAAGGAUAAAUGGGAAAAGAUGAUGGCCGGCAACAAGUGGAAUCCCGUGGAGAUGCGUGACAAUCGCUACAACCAAAUCCUGCACUUGGUUUCGGCUGCCAACGGCGCCGAGGACUUCUACUCCACAGAGGACCACGCCUGUCGCUCGGAGGGCGUUGACUUGGCCAGGGAACUGGACUACAAGUCCGCGGCCGCCUGGGUGGGCCAUCCCUACUUCGAUGUGAUCGACAACUCCACCAACUUCGAGACCAAGAUGAAUCGCAUGAUUGAGUCAGUGUGCCAGAAACUGGGCAUUGAUAUUGGCGACCGUUUGCAGGCCACGUCGCGAAAGCUGAAAUAUUUGGUGGCCCUUCUGCCGCCAGACAGCGAGUUUCCGCCCUUCCAGGAUUUCGAUGUCGUACAUCAUUAUCUGCAAUCCGCCGGACCCAAAGUGCAGGCUCGCCUUCGCAAGCGGGGACAGAAGAACCACUGGAGCUACAUCCACACGCAACGGCGUCCAAACGUUCACGGGCAGGCCCGCAUUGAGGUGAAGACGCAGCUGACGCAUCGUGACUACAUGAACUUGCUGGCCCAGCGGGACGAUGCUCACUUCACCAUCUACAAGAAGCGCCGCUGCUUCCUCAUCAACAACCAAUAUUUUCAGCUUGAUAUUUAUAAGGAGCCAGGUCACCCACGCUGCAAGGGAUUGGUGCUUUUGGAGACGUACUCAUCGCUCACCGGUGAUGCCCUAAAGAACUGCAUGCCCAAGUUCCUGAACAUUGUUAAGGAGGUGACCGGCGAUCCGGACUACUCUAUGUUCAAUCUAUCCCUCAAGGAGGACUGGAGCACCACCAAGAAGUUUUGCCGAUCGGCGACGCACGGUAAGCAGGACGAGCAGUCGCCAGAGCCGGCAAAGCAGUAUCAUCCCUACGACGAAAACAGCGAUUAGGGCAUGAGGCCAGGAGUCAACAUAAACCGUAGCCAAAGAAUAUAGAACCAAACGUUUGCACUGCUGUACAUACUAUAAGCCUACAUCUUGCGUUGCUCCAAUGCAUGCCACUUCAUUUCACGCACUUUUCUUUUCAAAAUUUCUAAGUAAUGCCAAUCGUUUUGGGCUCACGAAUUUUGAUUUUCUCCUGACUGUGUUUCUCUUUUGAUUUUGUAGUUAAGGGCGCCGCCAAUGGAGUCUCGAGCACGCCGUUGCUCCUCAAUGGUCAGUAGGCUGCCGAACUGUCCCUGAAUCUCUUUUGCACACGCAUAUUACACGGCAAAAGCAUGUUAUAUAGACAAAAAUGACCUGGCAACAAAAUGUACAAACAAAAAUCUUAAUCGAACGGAUGCCGUUCCAAGCCAUCAAGCAAUCAGAGCUCUGGCCAAACCCCCCCGUAAACAAAAAACAAGAAAAAAAAACAAAAAACGCCCACACACACCCAGUUACUUAUUUGCGUACUUAACCCCAGGAGGAUGAAGGAAGCGUGAACUAGAGACGUAUGUGUCGAGUCUAUAGAUUGUAGUGUAAUCGCAACCGGAGGUUGGGAGCCCCACCCGUACUUAAUUUUCUUGUCAUGUUUGCUCGUGUUAAUUUUGUAAGCCAUACCGACUAGUAACUAUGUAAAUCGAUGGAUCCGCGAUAUCAUGUGACGUUUUUGUGUCUUUUGGAAAAUUUGUGAACCAAUCAUUUUAACUCUAAGCUAGAAGUAAAUAAGAUUACGACUACAAGACCACCAAA